GUGAUUCUAAUUCUGACAAAGCUGUAUGACUACAACCUGGGAAGCAUCACAGAGAGCUCUCUUUGGAGGUCAACAGAUUAUGGGACAACGUAUGAGAAACUGAAUGAUAAAGUUGGUCUGAAGACUAUUUUGAGCUACUUGUAUGUUUGCCCGACAAACAAACGUAAGAUUAUGCUGCUGACUGAUCCAGAAGUUGAAAGCAGCUUGUUAAUCAGUUCUGAUGAAGGAGCCACCUAUCAAAAAUACCGUCUGAACUUCUACAUCCACAGUCUGCUCUUCCACCCUAAGCAGGAAGAUUGGAUCUUAGCCUACAGCCAAGAUCAGAAGUUAUUCAGUUCAGUGGAGUUUGGCAGAAGAUGGCUGCUUCUUCACGAGGGUGUUGCACCAAACAGGUUCUACUGGUCUAUGAUGGGCUCUGGUAGAGAGCCUGAUCUUGUGCAUCUGGAGGCAAAGACAGUGGAUGGUCAUGCCCAAUACAUCACCUGCAAAAUGCAGAACUGCAGUGAAGCCGUUCGCAGUAAACCCUUUCCAGGCUAUAUUGACCAUAACUCCCUGAUCGUCCAGGGCGAUUAUGUCUUUGUUCAGUUGACAUCAGGAGGAAGACCGCAUUAUUACGUUUCUUAUAGGAGGAACCCAUUUGCACAGAUGAAGCUGCCAAAGUACUCCUUGCCUAAGGACAUGCAUGUUAUCAGCACAGAUGAGAAUCAGGUGUUUGCAGCUGUACAAGAGUGGAACCAGAAUGACACAUACAAUCUGUACAUCUCCGACACCCGAGGGAUCUACUUCACCCUGGCCUUGGAAAAUGUCAAGAGUAGUCAAGGGCUGGAGGGGAAUGUGAUGAUUGACCUCUAUGAGGUAGCAGGGAUAAAGGGAAUGUUCUUGGCUAACAAGAAGAUUGACAACCAAGUGAAAACUUUCAUCACCUACAAUAAAGGGAGAGACUGGAGUUUGUUGCAGGCUCCGGACACAGAUCUGAGAGGAAAUCCCAUUCACUGUCUCCUACCCUAUUGCUCCCUUCAUCUUCACUUGAAGGUCUCAGACAACCCCUAUACCUCAGGAAACAUCGCCAGCCGAGAUACUGCCCCCAGUAUUAUUGUAGCUUCAGGUAAUAUAGGUGCUGAACUAUCAGACAAUGACAUCAGCAUGUUUGUUUCUUCUGAUGCUGGGAACACUUGGAGGCAGAUUUUUGAGGAAGAGCACAGUGUUCUGUACCUGGAUCAAGGUGGAGUACUAGUCGCCAUGAAACACACUUCUCUGCCUAUCAGACACCUCUGGUUAAGUUUUGAUGAAGGGAGAUCUUGGAGCAAGUACAGUUUCACAUCCCUCCCACUAUUUGUUGAUGGAGUUUUAGGGGAACCUGGAGAGGAAACUCUCAUCAUGACUGUGUUUGGACAUUUCAGCCACCGCUCAGAGUGGCAGCUGGUGAAAGUAGACUACAAGUCCAUUUUUGAUCGGAGAUGUGCAGAAGAGGACUACAGGCCUUGGCAACUUCAUAGCCAGGGAGAAGCUUGCAUCAUGGGAGCAAAAAGGAUCUACAGGAAACGCAAGUCAGAGAAGAAAUGCAUGCAAGGAAAAUACGCUGGGGCUAUGACCUCGGAGCCGUGCGUGUGCACAGAGGCAGACUUUGACUGUGACUAUGGAUAUGAACGCCACAGCAAUGGCCAGUGUUUACCAGCAUUUUGGUAUAACCCAUCUUCCUUGUCGAAAGACUGCAGCCUUGGACAGAGUUAUCUCAACAGCACUGGAUACAGGAAAGUUGUUUCUAAUAACUGCACGGAUGGUGUGCGAGAACGGUACACAGCAAAGCCACAGAAAUGCCCUGGCAAACCUCCCCAGGGCCUCCGCAUAAUCACAUCUGACGGCAAACUGACAGCUGAGCAAGGACACAAUGUCACUUUCCUGGUCCAGCUGGAAGAGGGAGACCUCCAGAGAUCCCUCAUACAGGUGGAUUUUGGAGAUGGCAUUGCUGUGUCGUAUGCCAAUCUCAGCUCAACAGAAGAUGGGAUCAAGCAUGUCUACCAGAACGUGGGCAUAUUCCGAGUGACGGUGCUGGUGGAAAACAGCCUGGGUUCUGACAACGCUGUCCUCUAUCUGCAUGUAACAUGCCCCUUGGAACAUGUUCACUUAUCUCUACCCUUUGUCACAACGAAGAACAAGGAGAUCAAUGCCACGGCAGUAUUGUGGCCAAGCCAAGUGGGAACACUUACUUAUGUCUGGUGGUUUGGGAACAACACAGAGCCACUGAUCACAUUGGAAGGGAGCAUCACAUUUACAUUUUCUGUGGAAGGGAUGAACAGCAUCACUGUUCAGGAGGAAACACAACAGGACACAAAGACUAUUGCAGUGUAUGAGAAAUUUCAGUCCCUGAGGUUAUCAUUCUCUCCGAAUCUUGAUGACUACAACCCAGAUAUCCCAGAGUGGAGGAGGGACAUCAGUAAAGUAGUGAAGAGAGCUCUGGUUGAGGCGACAGGUAUUUCCAGCAAGCACGUUCUGGUCGCAGUGCUGCCUGGUCUGCCCACAUCUGCUGAACUCUUCAUUUUACCUUAUCAAGAUGCCACAGGAGGAAAAAAAAGAACAGCAGCAGACCUAGAGCAGAUCAUAGAGACAUUGUACAACAAACUGAACCAAAACCUGGUCCAUUUUGAGUUGAAGCCAGGAGUUCGAAUCCUUGUCCAUGCUGCCCAUUUAUCAGCAGCUCCCCUAGUGGAUCUCACUCCCAGUCACAGUGGUUCAGCUAUGCUGAUGCUCCUCUCUGUCGUUUUUGUGGGACUAGCCGUGUUUGUAAUCUACAAGUUCAAAAGGAAGAUUCCUGGCCUUAAUAUAUAUGCACAGAUGCAGAAUGAAAAAGAUCAAGAGAUGGUCAGUCCAGUCAGUCAGAGGGAAAGCAUACCUAAUGUCCCUCAAAGUGAGCUGAUGAGCCCUGAGCAACUAGUAGAUGAGAAGUUGGAAGUCCACCCCAUAGAGCAACCCCAGGCCACAGUCCAGAACCCAAGGAAAGGAAAUGCAACCAAGGUAGUCUGGACAGAGGACUUCCAAAAAGCUUAUGGAUCACCAAGAGGUUUCAAGCCAAGACCCGAAGCGGAAGUAUUUCCACAGCUGCUGAGCCCCAAAGCACAAAAGAAAUCCCUACCUAUGUAAAUGGUUGAAUUGAGGACACCAAUAUCUGUAUCUAAAAAAGGAGGAGAGCUCACUGCAUUUGGACUUUUUAAUUCUUCAGAAGACAAAGGGUUUUUAGCUUUAAGCCUGUGCAUGUGGACAUUAUACUGAGACCAUAGUGGAACUGCAUUGUACAGGUGUUCAAUUUUAGUGGGGGGUGGGGGGAGAGGAACUGGUACCACUAUUCACUCCCGCGGCCCUUCUCCUCACCUUUUCACUCUUUUUUCUGAUCUGUCUCUAAUUUGUAGAACAUUCAUAAUGAUAUAGGCC